AUGAACCACGAUUGGGGCAUUUUGGACGAAAGGAGCAGGUGUGGCCCAUUCACAUUGCCGCUGAGCUGGGUGAUGCCGAUCUCUUACGCCGCUUGCUUCGAGCAAAAGCAGAUGCGACACAGGAGACGUCUGCAGGUCGAAGGGCCAUAG